AUGCCAGCCAUAGCUCCGUCAUCGCUCGAUGGGCGCGUCCCUGAUCACGUCAUUGGAUGCACUACUCGAGUCUUACGACGGAUCUCCCAGUUCGCAGGGCGACUACCAGGUCAGGAUUCCGUUAGUAAAAUGAAUGAGUUCCAGCGAUUUCGACUCGAGACACCGUCGUGGAAAGUAGCGCUGAUCCUCCUGGUGACUCCAUUGCCAUGGCUGCUCCUCAAUGUCCUAUUGGAAUUGAUCCCACUGAAUGAUCCGGCCACUGGGUUUUGGGGCUCUGGGUACUACCAGUUGCGGAUGUUUUUCAUCUCAAUCUUCAGCAGUAUCGCUCCAGCCGCACAAAAGCUUGAUUGUGUGCCAGGUUUUCCAGUUCGAUCAGUUAGAGCGCUUACAAUUUACGGAUUAUUCCAAGGCUGCAUCUGUAUUGGCACUAAUAUGAUUAUUUCGUUGGCAUCAGGAGUUUUCCCAGUCCCAUUCAGCCAGUUCACUGUUAUUAUUCCCAUGGUGAUCAGUGGCAGACUCGUUUUCUUUCGUAAGUUACCGGACGAUCCUCAAUUUCACGCACUAAGCGAUAAAGUGAACCAGUGGCUUGGUAUGGAGUCGUUACCUAUUUUAGUGUAUCCUGUAUUUACAGCCGUAUUCAUGAUGCUCUCACCCUCACAGCAAUUCUGGAUGUCGCUUCUGCUGCCUUUACUCAAGUUAACCAUUCGCAGUGCACUGUGGUAUGUCGCAAGAUACGAUGACGACCUUGUUGGGGUUAUUACGUGCUGUGUGGGGCAUCUCUAUCACGUGCUAUUUACUGCCACGAUCUUACAGAACGCCAAGUCAGUGGAAACUCUGGCUGUUGUUGUACUAUUCAACACCGUGCAAAUGCUAUUUAACUGUCGAUGUAUCUUCGCUGACUCGAAUAACAUCUACCAAGCCCGAGUAAAAUCCCACGCGUUAGAAGUGGAAAAAUCAACUUUUUCAGUUAGGGAUAAUUUACAGACAGCGUUAGAGUAUGCUCAAGAAAUACGGAUAGCGCAGAAUCUGCACUGGAGGACGCCGUCUUUACUGCUCUCGACAUAUACCGGAUACCGCAAUGCUGAGUUUAUGGAGAAAAAUCAUGAAACGUUACGAAGCGCGACUCUAUUCAACGCUGCAUUCGUGCAUAACGACCCUAAGAACGCUAAGAACGCUGCGGUUAGAGGCCCACACAGUAACAUUGGGGAACCUAAAAUCGUGACGGUAAGGAAAGCUUCAGCAACUACGAUACCUACUCGAAUGCCAAGGAUCCUUCCGUGGGCUGAUAGCUCAAAACUAACGAGAAAAACGUCAGGUCAAGUGAUUCAACUAAAAUCUCGCUCAUGCUCGCUAUCAUCUCCACGAUCCCAUAGCGAACCAAGCACGUGGACUAACGCUGAGAAAGAAGAAGCUCGAUUAGUGAGACACGAAUCAGUCAUUCAUAAGGUUGCUUCGGCGAUUCAUCAGUCCGAGCUAAUUCUGCUUCGAUCCUACGUCACUAUUUGUAUGACACUAUUUUACGGUAAGAGUAUUUCGUUAGAGUAUCUCUAG